CCCAGUGUGUUUGCUGAGCGGCUGAGAGCCUGGCGCCCGAGUCCUGCGGCUCUCUGUCCUGUAAAUUAAGAGCAGAUGGAGUGGAUAAACUGAGAGAGCAGGGGAAGGUAACACAAGGCAGAGCCUCUACCAGGGGCAGUGCUGAGACAUGGAGGAUGUUGGUAACACUCUGAAUGGCAGUGAUGUCUCCGAACCAGAAAAACCCGAAGUCGGAUUUGAAAUGGCUCAGUCCAUCCUAAGUAAGUUCUCUAUGAAAUCCCUGUUUGGAUUUACGAAUAAACUGGAAUCUGUGAAGCCUGAAAAGGAAGAUGCUGUGCUGAAAGUAUUCUGUAAUUUGGAGGUGGAUUCCACACCUCAGCAGGAUGAUCCCAGCAAUGAUUCCGAUCAGCAGGAGGUAGAGGCUCAGGUUCCACAUAAUCUUGGAAAUGAUGGGAAGCCUGCGGGGGUGGAGACAGAAUCAGAGGAAAGUCAGAGACAAGCAGAAGCAAGGACUUCUCUCUCUGGUCAAGAGGUUCUUCCUCUCACUACUGUGAGUGUGACCAGAGACAAUGUCAUUUGGGUUCGUGGGACCCUUGUGCACACCACCAGUGAUUCGGACUCUGAUGAUGGUGGCCAGGAGCCAGAGGAGGGGAGCAAUGCCAAUGACCCAGAGUCCCCCAGGAUUGUUGUAUCUGAGCCAUCUCAGGAGCCUGAAGAAAAACCGGGAGGUUCUAGGGAAAAUAUUGCUACUGGGGAAAUGGACAUUGCAGAGGUCUGUGCAGAAGAUCCUCAAAGGACUCCACCUGAGAUAAGUAGCAGACGGGAACCUGGUGAUGGUGGCUUUCAGGCAGAGCACAGCCCCAGCCAGGGCCAAGCCAGAGAAGAAGGGUCCGGAGUCCUACCUGCAGUAACAGACCAGAAUUUGAGUGUUGGUGUCGCCGAGAGUGCGUAUCCUAAAAGAGAAGUCCCUGGAGAGAAGUCAUUCCAGCUUCCAGCUUUUUUUAGUGGACUUCGUGUGCUGAAGAAGGGGACUAUGGCUGAGGGAGGGGAGACUAUCACUGAAAUUAAACCAAAGGAUGGGGACCUGGCUCUGCUCAAAUUGACCCAGCCUGUUCAGAAGUCCCUUGGGCAGGCAGGGCCACAGACAGUGAAGAGUGGGGAGAAAGCAACUGGUCUGAAGGCCACUCCCACUCUCCUGGAGCAGCUCUCUCAGCUGCUCAAUAUUGACAUGCCCAAAACCGACCUGAAGGCAGCGGACCCUGAAUCGUCCAGGGGAGAAGAGAUGGGCUGCAUUGCUGACCAGGAGAGCCAGAGCGGCCCCAGAGAAGCCCGCGCCCAGGGCGGCGAGGUCAAGCCGAAGCCGCCCGAGACUGCCCUGGAGGCCUUCAAAGCCUUAUUCGUCCGUCCCCCCAAAAAGGGGACCACAGCUGACACCUCUGAGCUAGAGGCCAUCAAGCGCAAGAUGAGACAUGAGAAGGAGUCACUAAGAGCUGUGUUUGAACGGUCCAAGUCAAGGCCAGCUGGUGGUCCCUCAGAUUCCAAAAGUCCUGACCAGAGCCCCACUGAGCAGGAUGAUAGGACUCCUGGCAGACUCCAAGCUGUCUGGCCGCCUCCAAAGACAAAAGACACAGAAGAAAAAGUGGGACUGAAGUACACUGAAGCAGAAUACCAAGCUGCUAUUUUACACUUGAAGAGGGAGCACAAAGAAGAAAUUGAAAACUUGCAGGCACAGUUUGAACUUCAGACAUUUCAUAUACGGGGCGAGCAUGCAGUGAUAACAGCGAGACUAGAAGAAACUAUUGAAAAUCUCAAACGCGAAUUGGAGCGCCCAUGGCGGCGAGGCUGCGAAGGGAUGAGAGAUGCGUGCAUCUCCACCGACGGCGACUGCCCUCCAAAGACCUACAGAAACGUGUGCGUGCAGACAGACAGAGAGACCUUCCUCAAACCCUGCGAAAGCGAGAGCAGGGCCACCAGAAGUCAGCAAAUAGUGCCCAAAAAGCUGAAUAUCUCCUCGUUAAGCCAGCUCUCUCCCCCCAAUGACAACAAAGACAUCCCUGCAGCACUUCAGUCUGCGGAAAGCAUCUCACUGAAUCAGCAGAAGGCAUCACCUCCUCCUGCCGCACCUCCCCUUGCAGCGCCCAUCCCGCCCCCUCCUCCCCUCCCGCCUGGACUUGGGCCUUUGUCACCAGCACCUCCUGGGCCGCCUCCCCCUCCUCCCCUGCCACCUCCACUUCCAAGUGGGGGACCUCCCCCGCCGCCUCCCCCCCCACCGCUUCCCAACUCUGCUCUGCCCAACAGCGGGGGGCCGCCGCCUCCUCCAGCACCCCCAGGACUCGCACCCCCACCUCCUCCUGGACUCUUCUUCGGACUCGGCUCUUCUUCCAGCCAGUGUCCUCGAAAACCAGCCAUCGAGCCCAGUUGUCCCAUGAAGCCUUUGUACUGGAAUAGGAUACAAAUAAGUGAUGGGAGCCAAAAUGCAACACCAACCUUAUGGGAUUCCUUAGAAGAACCUGAUAUUCGGGAUACCAGUGAAUUUGAGUAUUUAUUCUCCAAAGACACAAUUCAGCAGAAGAAAAAACCUCUGUCAGAGACCUAUGAGAAAAAAAACAAGGUCAAAAAGAUUAUCAAGUUAUUAGAUGGAAAACGAUCUCAAACUGUGGGAAUCUUGAUAUCUAGUUUACAUUUAGAAAUGAAGGAUAUCCAGCAGGCCAUUUUCAACGUGGAUGACUCUGUGGUUGAUCUGGAGACCCUGGCAGCCUUAUAUGAAAAUAGAGCCCAAGAGGAUGAAUUGGUUAAAAUAAGAAAGUAUUAUGAGACAUCCAAAGAAGAAGAAUUGAAGCUGCUGGAUAAACCUGAGCAACUAAACAUUUUGGUUGAAAGGGGCUUGUUGCACAUGAAGAGUGUGAAGGAUAUUUUAGCUCUCAUUCUGGCCUUUGGAAAUUAUAUGAAUGGAGGAAAUAGGACUCGGGGACAAGCAGAUGGAUAUAGCUUAGAAAUUCUGCCCAAACUCAAGGACGUCAAGAGUCGGGAUAAUGGGAUUAAUCUUGUGGACUAUGUCGUGAAGUAUUACCUGCGUUACUAUGAUCAGGAAGCUGGAACAGAAAAGAGUGUUUUCCCCCUGCCUGAACCACAAGAUUUCUUUCUGGCCUCCCAAGUGAAGUUUGAAGACCUCAUAAAAGAUUUGAGAAAACUGAAGAGGCAACUAGAAGCAAGUGAGAAACAGAUGGUGGUGGUGUGCAAGGAGUCCCCAAAGGAGUAUCUCCAGCCUUUCAAGGACAAACUGGAGGAGUUCUUCGAGAAAGCCAAAAAAGAGCAUAAGAUGGAAGAAGGUCAUUUGGAGAAUGCACAGAAAAGCUUUGAAACAACAGUAGGAUAUUUUGGGAUGAAGCCAAAGUCUGGUGAGAAGGAGAUCACCCCCAGCUACGUGUUUAUGGUAUGGUACGAGUUCUGCAGUGACUUCAAGGCGAUUUGGAAACGGGAGAGUAAAAACAUAUCUAAAGAAAGAUUGAAAAUGGCUCAGGAAUCAGUCAGCAAGUUGACGUCAGAGAAGAAAGUGGAAACAAAGAAAAUCAAUCCCACUGCUAGUCUGAAAGAAAGACUGCGUCAGAAAGAAGCCAGCGUGACCACCAAGUAAGACAGACACGAAACGAUGACAGUGAAGACAUGGUACCUUGCAUGCUCCUUUGCAACAACAGUGCUGAAGAAAGUUCUUGAAAGAUA